UAACUGGAACCUGGUGCAGUUCCCAGGCUGAGUGAAGUCGUGUUUACUUUCUCCGCUGGCACUUUGAGUAGUUCGGUGUGACAGAGCUUCAUGAGCAGUCAGAGUCAAUGAUCCGCCGGCAGCAGUUCAGACCACCAGGACACCAGGACCGACAUGAAGCUGCUGGACGAGCGGAUCUUGUCGCUGUUUAAGCGCCACUGGCGCCAAACUCUCACCUACUGGAGUGUGUUCUUCAGCUUCGGCCUUUGCAUCGCUUUCCUGGGACCCACCAUCCUGGACCUGAGGUGUCAGACCCAGUCUACCCUGCAGCAGAUCACCUGGGUCUUCUUCUCCCAGCAGUUCUUCCUGUUGGUGGGCAGCGGCCUGGGAGGACGCUUCAAGAAAACACUCCUAUCGUCUCUGUCGGCCCUUCUCUUCUGCACUCUCGUCAUCUCACUUGUAUUUGCCAUCAUACCACUAUGUCACCACAUUGUACUGUUGUCUGUCGCCAUGGCGCUCGCUGGCAAAGCCAUGGGAGUGAUCGACACCAUCGCCAAUCUGCAGCUAGUGAAUCUGUACCAGAAGGAUUCCGCCAUCUUCCUGCAGGCCUUACAUUUCUUCAUAGGCCUGGGAGCACUGGUCAGUCCCCUGGUGGCUGAUCCUUUCCUUGCAGAGGGCAACUGUGUCCUGAGUGUCAACUGGACCGCCAACUCAUCCUCUUCCUCAGACCUUCACCACCUCCGCAGCAGCAUGGUGCACGGGCAUGGCUCAGGGCUUCACAACAUCUCCCAGUAUCCUCUGUACACCGAGGGUGUAGUCAUCACCAGGGUGUCGUACGCUUUCUGGAUCAUGGCUCUUAUCAAUCUCCCUGUGCCAGUGGCAGUGCUCGUGUUGAUGUCCCAUGAGAGAUUACUGCCUUGCCUCAGCAGCAGUCCACCUCUGCUCAAUAGAAACUCUGUGUCCAGCACAAGCUCCACUGGGGACAGUGAUCGAGGUUUUUGGAGGUUUUUUAUCUGCUGUAACCUUUCCAAGCUCAAGAGUCGCCCUGCUACUUUCUUCAUCCUCCACGCUCUGGGUGGAGCCAUCCUCUUCAUGACUGAUGGAAUUAUAGGCUCCUACGCUGGCUUUGUCUACACGUUCGCUGUGUCCCCUCCUCUGCUGAUGGGACAUAAGACUGCCGGCUGUUUGGACAGUAUAUUCUGGGCCUCCAUCACAGUAGGACGACUGGCUUUCAUCUACCUGUCCUACAGAUACACAGCGCCAAAGCUGCUUUCCUUCUGUCUGGGGUGGCCAUGUCCCAACAUGACUGAGCCUCCAACAAAUGGCAAGGAUCUGUUAUCGAUGCAACACCUUAUAUCCAUAAAAUUGUUUCCCAUGCACAAACAAACACAUCGGUGGCAUGGCAUGCUGUGUGUGUGUGUGUGUGUGUUAACACGUAAUUUAUUUAUUUAUUUACCGUAAUUCUCUCUCAAAACAUGACAUUCAUGAGCUAAAGAAGAAAUGUUUAAUUAUGGCCACUCAGUACCACCAACUGUUAGACAGCAAUGCCAUCUUGUGGUGAA